UAAUUAUCCAAUUUUUAUAAUUAAAAUGAAGACUGCACUAUUACUAGUUGCUCUUGUCGCUCUUGCUUCAUGCUUGAGAGUUGACUUAGAGACCAAGAAGCUUCCAAAUGAAGUUCUCAAGGCCAUUGAGAAGGACAUCAUUGCCGGAACUUACAAGACCGGAACCACUAAAGAGCUUCUUAGCCAAAUGGAUACUUCUAUCCCACUUACCACUGACAGAGACAGCCUGGUCAAUACCGAGAACCCAGCUAUCGACCUAACCAACUUCCAGGACCUCCAAUACUACGGACCAGUCACCAUUGGAAGUGAACACGAAGUCUUUGAUGUUGUCUAUGAUACCGGAUCAGGAUGGAUUUGGGCUACCGGAAAGGGAUGCAGUGGAUGCUCUGCCAACAAGCACCAAUUCGACCCAGCCACCUCAAGCACUUAUGAAUCCACUGGAGAAGAGAGAACCUUGAGAUACGGAAAGGGAGAAGUCACUGGAGAUAUCUCUGUUGACCAAAUUGGUUUGCCAGGAGUUCAAGCUAACGCUAGAUUCAUCCCAGCCAUGAACGGAAAAGAUAACGACGGUAUGCAAUCAAGUGGUAUUGUUGGACUUACCCCAGUCGUAACUGAUGAUGAAGACCUCCUCGUCGAUAAGCUUUUCGAGCAAAACGUUAUUGACAGAAGAGAAUUCACUACCUACAUUGGACACGAAAGUGAAAGAUCUUACAUUGACUUCGGAGAGAACAAGGAAGACCAAUCUGGCGUUACCUGGAUCGAUCUUGAAUUCUUGGAGACCACCGACAGACAGAUCUACUGGAGUACCGACUUCGACUCAGUAACUAUCAACGGAGAAGGUGUCGACCUUAAGUACCACAGCUCCAUUUGGGAUACUGGAACUUCAUUGAUCGGAUUCAACCCAGACGAUUUCAAGGUUGUCAUUGAUAACCUCCUUGCUGACUUCAAAAACCCAAUCCAAAGUCAAGGAUUGUACAUGGUUAAAUGUAGCGACCCAGCUGAUAUCUACAGCAAGAGCAUUAGCUUCAACUUCGGAGGUCUCGAGAUGGAAGUCCCAGCCUCUGAAUUCAUCAUUGAGCAAAAAGUUCUCUUCACUAAGUACUGCAUUGUCGGACUCAUGCCAAUCAACUUGCCAGGAGUUCUCCUCGGUGAUUCUUUCCUCAGAGAUACCAGAAUCAUCCACGAUAUGGAAGGACAGAGACUCGGAGUAUUCCCAAGAGGAAACCCAGCUAAACUCGUUAAGGAAUCAUCAUAAUCUUCUUGCCUAAACUUCCCCAAAUAAUCUAAUCCCUCAA